UUUCGCCAUCAGAUACCCCAGAUUUGAGCACUCUUUUUCGCUGAAACUGUUCGCAGAUUGACAGCUGUCGAGUCUUGAUUUGAAUUGAAUACCUUCCUCCGAUUACCUCUUACAAUUUGCAAAUAUGAGUUCCGCUCUCGAUCAGUUGAAAGCUUCCGGCACCACCGUGGUGUGCGAUUCUGGUGACUUUGCAACCAUCGGAAAGUAUAAGCCACAGGAUGCCACGACCAACCCUUCCCUGAUCCUUGCCGCCUCCAAGAAGCCAGAGUAUGCCAAAUUGAUAGACAAUGCCAUCCAGUAUGGCAAGCAGCACAGCAGCAACCUCGAAGAUCAGGUUGACUCUGCACUUGACCGGCUCUUAGUUGAAUUCGGCAAAGAGAUUCUGCAGAUCAUCCCCGGCAAGGUCUCAACGGAAGUUGAUGCCCACUACUCCUUCGACACCAAGGCAUCUGUUGACAAGGCCCUUCACAUCAUCGAGCUUUACAAAUCUGUCGGCGUUCCAAAGGAGCGUGUAUUGAUCAAGAUCGCCUCCACAUGGGAGGGUAUCCAGGCCGCACACAUCCUCCAAUCGCAGCAUGGCGUCAAUGUGAACCUUACGUUGAUGUUCUCUCUUGUACAAGCCAUCGCUGCUGCUGAGGCUGGCACCUACCUCAUCUCCCCCUUCGUUGGUCGUAUCUUGGAUUGGUACAAGGCUGCCACGAAGAAGGAAUAUGCUUCUCACGAGGAUCCCGGCGUCCAGAGCGUCCAGAGCAUCUUCAACUACUACAAGAAACAUGGUUAUAAGACCAUUGUCAUGGGCGCCUCGUUCAGAAACACCGGUGAGAUCACAGAACUCGCAGGCUGCGAUUAUUUGACCAUCUCGCCAAAUCUCCUUGAGGAGCUGUACAACUCCACCGCCGCUGUGCCCAAGAAGCUCGAUGCGGCGGGGGCGGCCAAGCUUGACAUCCCCAAGCGCAGCUACUUGAACAACGAGGCCCUCUUCCGCUUCGAUUUCAACGAAGAGCAGAUGGCCGUGGAGAAGCUUCGCGAGGGUAUCUCCAAAUUUGCGGCGGACGCAGUCACCCUCAAGAACAUCUUGCGGGAGAAGAUCCAGGCGGCAUAAUUUCCGUCACCACCGAUGAAAAGGAAGAUAAAGCAGGUCUUUUUGGAGGUUAAUAGACUGCAUGGCUAUCUGUAGUUAGCAUUAGCUCCCAGAUUGAAUUGACUAUGGGUUUGACGGCCAG